UUGGAAUCAGUCAAAGCUCGUGGCACUUACGUAAUAAGUUAACCAAACAAGGUCGUUACUUUUGUAGCUGCCGAUAAAUCGAAGUUCAGAGUUGAAACUUAUCAAAUGAAUAAUUUUCGCUGAGCCAAGAGUCGUUUGUACGAGGACUCAGGAGUUCGUUUAUUUGGGAGAAAGAACAAGAAUUUUAUUGCUCCUUUAAAGUCCUGGUUUGAAUACAACAUUCUUUCAAGUGAACUACACCAAGAAUCAGAUUACUUUCCCUUAAAUGGAAUCGGAUUCAACCAUUCUGUCUUUCUAUUUGACCAAAAGUGUUUCAUUAUGAUAGGGGGUUGGUGCUCAGACAUCCGUUACUAAUAUUGCUCACUGAAAAUUGGGAAUUACAUUUUUGUCGAAGACAAGGAGAUGGGGUCUGAAGGACCAAAGGCUGUAACUAUUCAUGUAACUGGAUUUAAGAAGUUUCAAGGGGUUGCUGAAAAUCCAACAGAAACUAUAGUUAAUACCCUGAUGAAUUUUGUUCAAAGGAAAAAGUCGUUGCCUGCUGGUGUUACUCUAGGGAGUUGCACUGUCCUUGAGACUGCAGGCAAUGGUGCUCUUCCCAUGCUUUACAAGGUCUUGGAAUCAGGCAUCUCAGGAAUCAACGCAAACAAUGAACAAGUUAUAUGGCUUCACAUGGGGGUUAACAGUGGAGCUCAACAAUUUGCCCUUGAAAAGCAGGCUGUAAAUGAAGCCACUUUCCGAUGUCCAGAUGAGCUAGGAUGGCAACCUCAGCAACUCCAGGUUGUUGCUGAGGAUGGAGGAACUUAUCGGAAACGAGAGACGACUUGUUCUACUGAAGUGAUCCUCAAGUUUUUAAAGCGCAUGGGCUAUGAUGUGACAAUAUCCGAUGAUGCAGGCCGAUUUGUAUGCAAUUAUGUCUACUACCAUGCGGAACAGAAGGGUCACAAAUCUCUUUUUGUUCAUGUUCCCAUCUUCUCAAAAAUUAAUGAAGAGACACAGAUGCAAUUUUCAGCUUCCCUUUUGGAGGCCAUCGCAUCAACCUGCUAAUGUUAAUAAGUGAUUUAUAUUGUUAUUUCAAAAUAUUUUGUGACUGUUUGUCCGCUGGUGUGUGCAUACCCCUAUUUUCAACCCCAAUGAUGCUUGCUUUCUGUGAGGCAAAUGAUUGUGCUAUAUUUAUGUAAAUAAUUCUCUUUUAUCUUAUAUUCAGUGAUAUAAAGGAUGAGACUUGGAGUUUCCUUUCCUCCCCACCA